AUGAGUGGGCCUCUUGAGUCACUACAAGGUCCAAAAAAAUUCCGAACUUCCUUGAGUCCCGUUGAAUGCAUCCUUCCAACAGGAAACAGCCCGUGCCUGUUGAAACCUCAAUUGAAGAAGCAACUCACCCAGACUGUGCUUAGUGAAAGUCUUUCCGACCGAGAAUACAACGUCAAAUUAAAAGCCGAUGAAGGGAGCAUCGUCUAUCUUCCUUGCAAUACUCGAAAGGAACUGCAUAACGAGACCAUAAUCUGGGACCACAACAUGUCCACAAUAGCAGUGAUGGGUACCCUCUUCACUAUGGACCCUCGAAUCGAUGUGGCAAGCAUGCCGGAUAACAGGUUCCACAAAUGCCCUUCCUACCAGUCUUCACCCCGGGGGUUGAUCUCAUCGCCAUUGAUUCGAGAGGACGUCAUUGAGGCCUGGGAACUUGUUAUUGACGGGGUGCAGAUGAAGGACAGUGGCGACUAUAGCUGCCGACUGACGGGGGACCACUCCCAAAGUCUCCAUUAUCAUCUCUUUGUGCAACAAAGUAAACCUCCGGAUCGAGUAUCUGCCAAGCGAAUAGUCAAAAUUGAUGCACCUCGUUUUGCCAGACGACAAAGCCAAGUGACCUUCACUUGCUCCAUGCAGGCGACACACGACGAGUCCCCUGGUGUCAUCAUUGAUUGGUUUCACGCGCCCAUUGGUCACCGAGGUGCCCACGCUCAGCGCCUCAUCGAGACUCAGUUUUGGAACAAUGUCAGCGUUUACAAGGAAAUCCAGGGCGACUCAAAGAAAGGCUUGCGUCUAGGUGCCGUAGUGCAGAUCUACUCAUGCGAUUUUCAACAUUCCGCCGUCUACGAGUGUCAAGCACACCACAUUCGGCUAAAGGAAAAAUCCCAACUGUACGAUUCUCAAUCAGUUGAGUUCACUGCAUUGUCGCGUGUCGUGUUGUCGGACUCACCGACAGAGAAGCAUGGAGAGGUGAGGAAUGACCGAGGGUGGUUCAAAUCAUUCAGUCCAAGGGAUCAGGCCCGCUUCACGAUGCCCUUUCAGACAACUUCCACUGCCACUUCCCCUCACCUCAAUAUCUUUUCCAUCAUGCCAAUUCUUCUUGCCCACUUCUGA